UUCUCCCUCAAAAUUACACAUAUCAAAUACAAAAUUUCAACAAUUUACCACCACACAAGACACAGGAAAAUUUUGAAGUUGCAAAUUUUGAGCUAGACACUUUUGUUAAUGUUGAAAGUGAGAAGGCAACCAUUCAUUUAUGGUUAGAGUGUCGGCAACUUGUGUUAAAUCAUUCAUUGGAAGUAAAUAUAAAAUUUACACACAACCAUGUAAUCAAUGCAGCAGAAUCACUAAGUUUUAGACCAAUCAAGGAUAAUGUUUGUAAUAAAUUAUUAGAAUUAUUCAAAGAUAGUCACUCACCUUCCUCGGCACAUUAUACUCUUGAAGAUAAUCUUCAUCUUAGUGCUUUGAAUGAUCAAGAGUUGGUGGAAUUACUUGCAGAUCGGACGAAUAACCCGGAUUAUGCUUUAAUUUAUUAUAUUUUUCAACAAUACUGUGAUACUAUACUUGGAAGCUGUAAUAGAAAGCCAAUGUUAGAAUGA